AUGUCGUCAUCAUACUUUGACGCGCAACCCGCAAAAGCACCGCCCCCAGCGGCGCUACUUGAUAUACCAAAAGGCAGCGGUCUCGCAAAUGCGAGCCUCCUAAGUCCGCAAGUGUCGCGCAUAUUGGAAGACUUGGAAUUUGAGGAGAAAUCGAGCAGCGAAGACGAAAACGAAAACGCUAGCCUAUCCGGGGACAGCAACUCUGACAAAGAUACUAGUCGCGAUCGCAAAUCAAGACGUGACCUAGCGGAGCAAGACUACAGCAUCCGGAAGGCGCAAACGUCGCCGUUGCCGCACAAGAACGAGCGCGCACAGGUUCAAAAUCAGUCGCCCUCGCAUCAGCCAGGCUUGCACAACCGGAGGAAUCCGCAUCUUGCCCGCUUUCAUUCGUUGCGGUCGAUGCUGUUCUCAAAUCAAAUUGAGAACGACAUUCAGAAGCACAACGAAUCCCAGAUGCAGGAGGACGCUGAGUCGAAAUGGAAGGCGGAGCAUGAUCAGCGGAGAGGCCUGAACAGACCGAAAACCCCUGAGAGCCAGAGCCCGCCUAGAGAAGGAUUGGCGAAGAGGAUGAAGAGCGGGCUAAAGAGAAUGGCGAGCAAAGAUUCUCCACCAAUGGCUAAGAUUCCUGAAGAUAACGUAUCGACUGCGAGUGAUGACGAGGAAGACGCCAGCCACAGCAAUGACUCAGAUAUCAACCAUUCCGACAUCGAAGACCUAGUGCGUUGGGUGAGCAAAAGAGAUCCUCCAAGCGAUGGUGAAGCCCGCAGGUUACCGGAUGACGAUACCAACAAGAUCUCCAAGACAGAUAGCGGCCACGAAAGCUUAGGCCAUUCCGACGUGGACGAUUUGGUACGAUGGGUGUCGCGCAAAGAUGAUCCACAGUCCAGGACCCUACAGCAAGCGCAUUCGAACCCAAAGAUACAGCCACAAGCAGAGACGGUGCAGCACAACUUUAGCUAUGACAGUGAUGCAUCAACAGAAUCUGACUCGGAAAUAGCCACUUGCCAGACCACCCACAGGGACUCAAUAAACGACGAUGAUGUCGACGAUCUCGUGAGGUGGGUGUCACGCAAAGAAGGUCCGCACGCAGGUCCGGUACGCAAGAAGAAUGAAGGCAGUGGCACUAGCACACCAUCAGGAUCAGAAGCACAGGACUCCCACACCGAGGAACUUGUUCGCUGGGAUACCAAAAAGGACGACACGAGCGGCGAAUCUCAAAACGCUUCUAAAGAGAGUCUACCCAUCAUCAGGGAGCCUGCGCCAGAUUCCAAAGCUGCUUCUAAAGCUGCCCCUAAAGCGGGGAGUCGUUUGAAGAGGGAAGUGUCACAUACGAAGCCGGCAGCGAUGGAAAGCGAGGCCGCCCUUACGCACGAUGAUGUUGACGAUUUAGUGCAGUGGGUGACGCGGAAGAACACGAACACUUAA